AUGCAUGAGCUGCUCCUCUUCGCCUCAGUCCCAGCUCAUCAGCAUCAUGAACUCUUACAGCAGCUGGCCGGUUUGACCGCCAUGCAACCCCAGCACCGCUUCGAACGACGACUGAUCUUCAAAGCCUACCGUAAGCCCGGCCUGGUCAAUGUCCGCGUCGGUGCUAGCCAGGAUGUGCAGGGCGCAGAGAUGCAGCGCCUGAACAAGAUGCUCAAUGGCGGCAUGUUCUACACGCAGGUCGUGGGCCCCGUCGCUGCUGCGGACUUCGGUGCCCCCGCCCCGACUGUGUCCGUCGGCGACCAGGACGCGCAGAUGUCCGGCAUGGGUGUGGGUGUGAGCGCUGGUGUGGAUGAGAAACCGUCUACCCGGCCGCAUCGCUAUGACUACGACGACCAGCCCUGGAAGCUGGAGUUUCGAGAUAUCCCUGAGGCGGGCACUCGCUCUGCGGUCACGGCACGGCUGAUGGCCAGUGCGAGUCUGCCUCGAGGCGAUAUCAUGGUUCCUAUGAAUGCCUGGGGUUACAACUUCGUGACCGAGUACGCUGUGGAAGGCGAUAUCUUCAUCCUUCACGAUAUCGUCAUCUUCCUCCAUCGCGUCCUGCACUAUCCCACCGAGUCUCAGGAGCCGCGGCGGCAGCUUCCCGCUCUCCCUGAAAUGACCCCGCUCGAGCGGAGCGGAAGCUAUGUCCUCCAGGCCGCCAUCACCGUGCAGGACGGUGCCAGCCAGGAGACCAUGAAGAUUGCCUCGCAGCAUCUCUUUGGGCUUCGAGAACAGCUCAAAUCGGCCGUCCGCCUGGAAAUGGCGGAUCGGCUGUCGCUGGAUACGCGAGCGAAGUAG